GAUAGUACACUACACUACACUCAUUACACUACACUAGUGUUCACUUCUGAGGAAACACCCGACGACUGACUUUAUAUAAACACAAUAUUCAUGAAAAUAGACUCGAGUGAAGCUUUGCUUUGAGUUUGUCAUUGAUGUGAUCUGUCAAUCAUCAUGGAUUGGGGUUCAAAUCUGUGGGAUCAGCAUGAUGUGAUUGAAAGACACACACAGAGUGGAUUGGAGGUCCUGGAGCGUUACGUGAAGUUUGUCAAAGAGAGAGCGGAGAUCGAACAGAGUUACGCCAAACAGCUCAGGACUCUGUGUAAGAAAUAUUCCAGACGAGGCAUCAAAGAAGAUCAGGAGAUAAACAGAUUGACCAAUCAGCAGGCGUUUCAGGAGGUGUUGAAUGAGCUGAACAACUAUGCGAGCCAGAGAGAGCAGCUGUCAGAGAACAUGACCACGACAAUCUGUGUGGACCUCACCAAAAAACUCAACGACCUUCGGCUGGAGCGCAAGAAUUAUCUGUCUGAUAUUAAGAAGUCUCAACAGAACCUGGAGAGCACUUAUAAACAGCUGGAAGUUAGUAAGAAGAGAUUUGAGAAGGAAUGGAAAGAAGCAGAGAAAGCCAUACAGCUGACAGAGAAAGUCCAACAGGAUCCCAGCUCAACUAAAGCUGAUGUAGAGAAGGUCAAACAGCAGGAAUUUUCCCGCAUACACAUCUCAGAUGUUUGUAAGAAUGAGUACGCCUCACAGCUACAGAGAUACAACAAAGAACAGGAGAACUACUAUCACUCAGAGAUCCCCACAGUGUUUAAUAAGCUGCAGGAGAUGGAGGAGAGGCGGAUCAGGAUGCUGGCGGAUGGAUACGUUCAGUUCUCUGAAACCGAGAAGCAACUCCUUCCCAACGUUAACAAGUGUUUGGAUGCGAUCAGCACAGCGGGAAGAAACAUCAAUGAGAAACAGGACACAGCGGUGCUCAUAGAUCAGUAUAAAUCUGGUGCAGCGCCCCCUGCUGAUGUGGAGUUUGAAGAUUACAGUCAAGUCAUCAAACCUGCUGUCAAUGAGAACACAGCCCAACAUGUGCCCAAAGUUCGCAUCAAACUGUUUCAGAAGAAGAACAAGGUAACAUCUCCUGAUAAGAACACGCCAUCAUCAUUGACGGACUUCAGUCGUCUCCCUUCUGAUAAGAGAAAGAAAUGUCUGCAGGAGAAGAUUGAUGAGCUUAAUAAAGAGCUUCAGAUAGAGAAUGAGAAGAGUGAGGCUUUACAGAAGAUGAAAGGAGUUUAUGAGAUGAAUUCUCAGCUUGGAGAUCCGUCCAGUUUACAACCUCAAAUCACACAAAACGUUUAUAUCAUAGCUCAUCUGAAAGGAGAACUGAAGAAAUAUCAGACACAGUUGGAUGAAGUUGGUGGUGGACCAGGAAUACAGAAUCAGAUCAGCUCCAGCGUUUCUCCAUCUUCUGAUAUUUAUGAUUUUGAUGAAGACUUUGAUGUGGAUUUACCCAUCGCUCAGUGUACAGCACUUUAUGAUUUUAACGGUGAUAGCGAAGGUUCUGUGUGCAUCCAGAUGGGCGAGCAGCUCAGUUUGAUGAUGGAAGAUCAGGGCGAUGGCUGGGCCAAAGUUCAGAGGUCCAACGGAGACGUGGGAUAUGUGCCAUCGUCCUACAUCAAGUACAUCUGAUUUCAACUUCAUCACCUCCAAAACCAUCUGACCCAAUCAAUUCAAUUUUAUUUUAUUUAUAUAGCGCUGUUUAAUUGUUUCAAAGCAGCUUUACGUAAAAAAGCAGGAGAAAAAUCAGUGGACACAUAAGAAUCAGACUGCAGGGGCUAAGAUUAAACCGUACUAGCGAGCAUAGUAAUAAUGUAACUUUGUUAUAAGCGUACAGUAGCCAUCUUUGAGCUCAUUUGUGUAAGACUUCUGGUGAGCCACUAAAGCUAAUGGUAGUUAUAUUGUGGGGGACACGAGUGGACGUGCAUCCACACAUCCAUCCAGUAAACCUUUCAUAGAAACUGACAAUGAACAAUAAAUACAAUAAUUGUUUAAAAACAAUUAAAUAUUAUGCUGAUAAAAAUAUGCUGAUUGAUUCUGCUACUACAUAUUACUACAAAAAUGUGAUUACAGUACAGAAUAUAUCGACAUAAACUGCUUAUUAGUUAAUGUUUUUACAGUUCUUAAUGUGUUUGCACGUACUUUUGUUAUGUUUUAAAUGAAUUUUUUAAAAUAAGUAAAUAAUUUCAUAAGCGUAUGUCUUAUAUACUGCAUUAUAAUAUUUUCAUAAAACGAAAACAAUACUGAAUACAUGUAAUAGUUUAAAGGAGCAUUGCGUAGGUUCUGAAAUUUCUAACCGUUACUGACACCAGUGGCCGUUAUAGAAACUGCAGCCAGUCUCAUGCUCGUUCUCGGUGGGCACACUCGUACGAGGAUGACCACAACAACCAGAGUUGCCGUAGCAACCACAGACAGCUCAUUGAGAUUCACCAGCAUGUUUACAAAUGUAAGAAAAGUUACAGUACUGUAAGGUUAUUGUUUGACAGACCAUAUUUUAGUAAAAUGUUGCAGUGAUAUUUUAUAUUUUCAACUAAAGUCUAUUUCUAAAAGUUUUGUAACACACUCCUGACACUCACUCAGGCUCUAAAUAAAGAUAAUUCAUAUAAGACAGUAACUUUUGAAACGGUCCUGUGCUACAUGCUAUCGUCAGCAUUACACCACAAAAUCAAUAAAAUAAUAUAUUACAAAUGCCCUGUAACUAUGUCUUACCUUUGCAAUAAAAAGAAAGCCAGCUCGAGGUCUGUUUUCAUACCCAGCGCUGACCAGAGCUCCCUCCAAGAAUCAAAUGCCACGUUUACUCUUGUCUUUGCCCCGACACCGGUCACGCUCUAUUUUGGCCGCACUAGAUAAGGAUUUUUUUUAACUUACGAGAAGUUUCCGUGAGUGUCUGGAUUGUGCUGUAAGUUGGUCGCUUCUUUCCGUCUGCAGAGUCCAUUUGAAACAUCCUAGCGAUUGCCGCCGUUUACUAAUGACUGACGUACGCGUCUAUAUGGAACGCCCAAGUAGACGAGCAUGCGCAUGACAUCACAUUUUGAAUUUCGCGCCAAUUCGGACUCGACUCCUUCACACACAAUAGAGCCUACAGGCUGAUAGAGACAACCGUGGAGGACACUCAAGGUGUCAUUCUUUCUACUACAUUAUGGUUGGCUCAUAAAUAUACAAAUGAAAACUCUAUCUUAAAUUUUUUUUUAAUUCAUAAGCUACAUAAUGCCCCUUUAAUAUGUUUAUUAUGGUUUGUUCAAGUAACUUACAAUGUGUUGAAUGAGAAAGAUGCUGCUGCUGACUGUCGGAUCAGUUAAAAAUUGCAGUCUAAAUUAACCUCACACCAGAAGGACAGUUGUGACAUUUUAAACUAUCGCCUGAAAGGUUAAAAACACACAUUCUUGAUCUGUUCCAUGUGCACUCGACUGACUUUCCUAAAGAUACUGGUAUGUCUCUGUGCUUUUACACAUUAAAGACCCGUCACCCCCGAGCAACAACAUGAAAUGAUUAAAUACUGUGUAUCUUCAUUGGUUCAAAGUUAAGUCAGUUCAAAGUUAAGUCAAUGUCAGCUGACCCCAUAGAGGUUGAAAAAAAACUGAUUUAAUCAGGGGGGAAAGUCCAUGAAGAAAAAAUCCCUUGAGAUAGAGCCAGAUAUAGCUUCUAUAAAGGAAAUACUAUAUUGCUUUACAAAGCCAAAGCGCAGUAGCUAUGCAUUUGGUCAAAAUUGAAAUGGGCUUUGUGAGAUCUGUUGUGUCUUGUGACAAAGUCUCCUGGUUCAAUUUUGUCCCAUUUCAGAGAAACGUGUGUGCCAAAAUUGCAGUAACAUGUUUGACUGUCUGGUGUUAAAAACUUGCGUAUUGUAGUAACUGCACUUAGCCUUUGUAGGACAGCAUACUGUAUAUUAGAUACAUUAUAUGGGAAAUAAAACAUCUAAAUAAUGUAUAUGAAUACGUUGAAUAAUAAUAAUAUAUGAAUAGGUAGAUUAAACAAUGUGGCGUUAAAACUUCUGACUCCACCUUCAAAACAUCACUUGUACCUUCUGUUACCCUCCAGAUGAAACCCUCCAAAGUGGAGAUACUUUAAGUCACUUUACUUACAGGCUGUAGAUGGAGCCUUAAUGAAGCAUCUGAAUCAGUCAGUGUCUUUCCUGUGAGCCCAUAACUUUCUUCUUUAUUUCUCAUUUGUGUUGUGUGAGUAUUGCAGCAGGAGCACACACAUGACUGUACAUCACUGCGACUCAAAACUCAAUCAGAUGUUGUCUUUGCUUAUAAGAUGAUUAUUUCAUAAUCUGUGUCUGUCUACAUUAAAAACAAACCGUUUUUACCAUUAUAUACUGUUGAUUUUUACUUUUUUUAAUAGUAUCUGUAUUAGCUGAGGACACAAAUGUUGUGUGGUAUUUGUAACUCAGUGAUCAAUGAUACUGUCUCAGAAAUAUUUCUAUACUGUAGUACUGAAUAAUUAACAUAUUCAUUCAUUGUGUAUUUAAAUGCAAAGGUAAAACAAAAUAAUAUUGUGUUAUUAAAAACAUAUUUAA